AUGUCACUUUUUAUAACUUUAAAUAUAAACAAACUGUUAUUAUAGUGCCCAUAUUAAAUGUGUAACGGUUAGGUACAAAAUAAACUGCGUAAUAUGAAACACUCGUAAUGAAACUUUUGCAUAUGCCAAUCAACAUGUCCGCCCCUCCCCCAUACAAUGUAUCUCUGAAAAACGUCAAAUUGCAAUCAAACUACAAUAACAAUAAACACGAUGAUAUUUAAUUCAAAGGAUGUGUGUGAGUGUUAAAAAUUAAAAAAAUGGAAUUGUUUCGAUCUGAAUCCUAUUUCAUAUUUGUGAGGAACGAGUCAAGUCUUUGGUGGAAUCGGCUAACGGGAGCCUUUUCAGUCCGAUCAGCAUGGGAUCUUUCCGAUAUCGAGGACAUAGAAUGCCUUGGUAUAACAGAAGGUAUUAUAGGAAAAGUAGAACAUUCAAAUAUAUACGAGCCUCGUUUAAUGAUUAUAAAAGAAAGCGUACCUAUGGGUCAGAUAUAUUUUCACCAUACCAUAUACAAGAUCAAAUCAAUAUGCUUUUUGAAUAUGGGUGUGAAUAAUCAGGAACUUGAGCUUUCUCCAUGUACGAAACAUGGAUCGUCAACCCUCUUGGAGAAUGCAAGAUCAAGCAGUAAGAAAAUGGGGGCUCGUUUGUUUGAAAAUUCCGCCUUUUUAAAUAAAACUGUAGGUGCCGUUAAAAAUGUUAGCAACACAAUUAAAACCACAACACAGCAAGCCGCUACUCAGGUAAAACAAACAGUGAAGAAGCAACGUGAUCCAAAACUAGCUGAACGGUUUGAGAAGCGUCUGACGGAUGAGCUACACAAGAUAUUUGAUGACUCUGACAGCUUCUACUAUUCAAGAACAUUAGAUCUAACUAACUGCUUACAACGACAAUAUGAAAUUGAAAAAAUUUUGGAAACCGAAGAGGGCAAUGGGAAACCAAUCACUGACAUAACAAGAUGGUGGAAAUAUGUGGACGAUAGAUUCUUCUGGAACAAACAUAUGCUCAAAGAUAUUAUUGCUUUGGAGAGUCCCGGCUGUGAUGAAUGGGUUCUGCCGAUCAUCCAAGGCUAUGUACAUCUGUCACAAAUAGCCGUCGAACCACCUGAUGCAAAUCCCUUGAAUACCGAAUCAUUGUCGAGUACGAAUUCAUGCGAUGAAACAUUCACUCUAGGUCUGAUAUCAAGAAGAUCUAGGUACCAGGCUGGAACUCGGUACAACCGUCGUGGUAUAGAGCCCGGUGGGAGAGUCGCAAACUAUGUUGAAACUGAGCAGAUUGUGUCCAUUGUGUGCUCGGAUAGCAUUCAUAGAGCAUCAUUUGUACAGGUCCGUGGAUCUGUGCCAAUAUACUGGAGCCAGCCUGACUACAAGUUCAGGCCGCCGCCGAGGCUUGACAGAACCGAAGAAGAAUCCCACCAGGCUUUUAAGAAGCACUUCGAAGAGGAGUUAAAGCUUUAUAAACAGAUUUGUAUAGUGAAUUUGGUAGAGCAGCAGGGGAGAGAACGCAUCAUAUGGGAGGCCUAUAGCAACCACGUCCUCAAGUACAACAGUCCUAAUAUAAUAUACGCUACCUUCGACUUCCACGAGUACUGCCGCGGCAUGCACUAUGAGAACGUUAGCAUAUUAAUAAACGCUAUAUCGGAUAUCAUCGGUGACAUGCGUUUCUGUUGGCGUGACGACCGCGGCCUCAUCUGUACACAGACCGGCGUUUUCAGAGUCAACUGUAUAGACUGUCUCGAUCGCACCAACGUCGUACAGACAGCGAUAGCCAAGUACGUGUUGGAGUUGCAGCUAUGUAGGUUAGGUCUCGGAGCCCCGGGCUUCGGUCUACCCGUGGGGCUCCGACAGGCCUUUCUGGCUAUGUGGGCUGAUAGCGGAGAUCUCGUAUCAAGGCAAUACGCUGGCACCAAAGCUCUCAAGGGUGAUUAUACUCGCACAGGAGAGAGGAAGUUGACUGGGAUGAUGAAAGAUGGCGUCGCAUCCGCUAACAGAUAUUAUCUGUCAACAUUCAAGGACGCUCUCCGUCAAGUGGCGAUUGAUGUAAUGACAGGAGAAUCCAAAACUAUACCAGAACAACUCAUUGUACCCGACUGUACCCCGUGUACCUCAGUCAAGGUUCUUAUGUUUAACGAUCAAUCAGUACCAGAUACAGCGGCUAUGGCACAGCAUGUGAAGAGCCUCAUAGAUGACUGUAAGAAGCUCUUGGUCGAUACGGAACCAGUCCUCGGCUCCUGGGGACUUAUAGAUGCCGACCCACAUACAGGAGAUCCUCAGGAAACGGAAAUGGAUAGCGUCCUGGUGUUGACGGGAGAGGCGUAUUACGUCACAGACUAUGACGAGACCUCCGACAGGUUGUUGUCGGUACAGAGGGUGCCUCUGAAGGAUGUUACGUCUAUAGAACUUGGCACUUUGGACUCUAGUGCUACGAUAUUCAGCGUGGCCCGCAAGAGUAACGCCGAGCCGGUGCACUGUAUACGUAUCAACUACAUGUAUAACAACGAACCGGGAUACUUCCACAUGUUCAGGUCAACAUCGCUAAGGUUCUUCAAUAAUAUGGCUGUGGCUAUAAAUACUAAGGACGAGAUGAUAGAAUCCCUUCACUCGAUAUGUGAAUCACUGGUUGUGGCGAGGGAUGUAGCGAAAUUAUCACCUGUACCCUUCCACGACGGAGUCAAGCUGGAAAGGAAAAAGUCUAAGAUACAUCCAACACAAGGGUCUUCAGGCGCUAAAUCUUCCCUGUACUUGGACCUAUCGAGACUGCCAACGCUCACUAGAAAUGUCAGCGAGACUCAGCUGGUGGCGGACAUAAGGAGUGUCGGAUCAAAAGCCCUAAACAAUAUGUCGGAGCAAUUCAGCAAGCUGAAUAAACUGAGUCACUCCCUGAACGCCAGAGCCAGACCUACAUUACAAUUGAAAUUCGACCAAGGGACUUCAAAGACAAAGAAAAUAUUUACAUUAGGGCAGAAGAGUGAUGGCAAAAAGAAAGGAAGCCUAUCAGACGGCGCGAGCUCGGACUAUUCAUCAGACGACGAGGCGAGGACCAACAUCUUCGAGCCCACGCUAGACAACUUCGAACACCUACAACACUACAUCGGAGAUCAGGAGAGAAAGGACGAGAAUGAUUGCGAUCUGGUAGAAAAUCCACUGUAUUCAUCCAAAAUUGAACCGAACUACGACAUGGACACCACGAUUUCCGAUAGCAGGACAAACAUACAGAAAACGCCAAGCAACAAGAUGAACCCGUUCAACAGUGACGUCACACCGGAAAUACAAGUGGACUCCAAGCCGAUACCGCCGAAUUCGCUGCUGCUGAACCAAAAACUGUCGCAGAGCUCCAGUUACCUCAACUUUGAACCUACGGUUAACUACGUGAGGUCUAAUUCCCAGCACGAGAUAACAUUGAACAUAGCGCAGUCGCAUAGCGAAUCAGCGUUACGGCAGUUGAAGAAUAUAACAAGUCCUGUGUCCACAGCCACCAAAGAAAUGGUACUCUCGCCUCUCUCAAAACUGGCUAAGGGCGUGCAAACAUUGGGCGCCAAUCUAGAUCCGAGGAAGAUAAAGGCUCCGGCAUCAGUGAAACAUAUAUCAGAACAGCAGUAUGAAGAACACAAGAGAUUACAAGAAAAAUGGCAGGAUAGCAACACACGGCUGAUAGCUUUGUGAACAACAUUACAGACAAAUAGAUAAUAGACAAAAAAUAUAUGAAAAGUUUUCAUAUUAUAGUGUAAUAGACAAAUAGACAUAAAUAUAUCUCAAAGAUCGCAGCGGCUAACAGAAACAUUUAAAAAAAGCAAAAAUCAUAUGAUUAAUUAUUUCAAAUACGCAUACAUUAUAUUCGCUAGAGAAUUGUAUAACUAAAUUUAAGUUUCGGCUUAAUUUGUUGCUUUUGUAGAAAAUAAUCUCGUAGCGUGCUGUUUAUUAGGGAGUGACGUUUGUACGGAAUUUAAUCAUAGUGACGUUGGUUCAAUAUUAGUACAAUAUGAUAGUGACUUUGACAUUACAAACAUUACUUGCCAGUUGCAAAAAAAAAAUAAAAGACAUAUGCCAAACUAUUGAUAUAUUGUUAGUCGGAUUAAUUUAUAUCUUGUAAACAGUAUUAUUGUUUGUUUGUAGUUCAAGGAACGCCAGGGUUCAUGUAUUAGACAAUACUUUAUUUGCUUUUUAGCAAAACAUUCCAUAGGCUAACUAUAGUUAUAUAUAAAUCCUAUCCAUUUUUCUCUUAAGAUUUUUACGCUUAAGCCCUUUUUUGUGAUAUAUUUGUUACCCGUUUACAGAGCACUUGAUAGACUUAUACUUACAAUGAAAACACCCACAUUAACUAGAAUACUGACUCUAGAAAAUCCGAUGUUAUUAUAAUAACGAAAAGUAACCGAAAAAUUACAUAUAUAUAUAUAUAUAUAUAUAUAUAUAUAUAUAUUAUUCUCGCAUAUACAUCAUUACAACUAAAUAACUCGCUUCAUAAUAAAAAAAAUAUCAAUAUAUAUAUAUAAAUACUUUACCAACAGUCAGAUAUUUGAAUAGUCAGGAAUCAGAUAAUGUGUAUUACCAAAUUACCGUCAAUUAAACAUUAAAUACUCCAAUAUUUAACCAAGUUCUUGUAAUAACUUGAUACACAUAUAUAUAUAUACACAUAUAUAUAUGUAUAUAUAUAUAUAUGUAUAUAUAUAUAUAUACGUGUAUAUAUAUAUAUACACAUAGCAUAGAGUAAUCGUGAUUGUGGCUUACUAGCUUGUUUUUGAUGUAUUAGAAGUAGCAAUAUAAUUACCUCAUAGCAUAGCGGCAACACAGUAUUCAGUAAAUACAUAUAGGAUCUGUUUCGGUCACGAUGACAUCACUUUGAUAUAAUUUUUUGUUUUCUAAUAGAAUUUUAUGCACGUUUUAAAUACUAUAUAAAGCUUAAUAUAAAAUGUACAACUUUGAUCCGUGUAUUUUGUGUACUUAAAUUGAUAUGACAGUAUUGGAUUUUAUUAAAUUAUUAACACUUAUAUAUAGAUGAUAUGAUUGUAAACUAACAGCGUCUCAUAAUAAAGUUAUUUCGAAUAAUAUUCUCAUGCUUGUGAAAUUAAAAAAAAAAAAAUCUUUAUAACUUAUUAAUAUUCUAAUGACAUUUGUAAUUCCAUAAGUAUAUGUAAUUAUUGAAAUUUGACUUUUAUUUCAAUACAGAGUAUUCGUUAUGUGCUUGGAUAGCCAACAAAUUAAUGACUCGCACCGAUCUCGCUUACUGUGUGUCCUUUGUAAAUUUAAAUUAUUUCUCAUUCAUAAUUGUAAAACAGUACAAAUUGUUUGUUACUUUAUCUUACAGGUUAUUCUAAUGACAGUGUGAGUUAAUGUAUCAUUUAGGAUGUUGGAUUUAGCGAGUAGCAAUCUCGUUUGGUAAUUAUAGUCAAUUGUAAUAGUUAUCUAUAUAAUGGUGUUAUUAGAGGAUUGGGCCCUUAGUAUUGCUUUUUAAAAUAAACUCGAUUCAAUAAACAUUCAUUCUACAGAUGAAUUGCUAAAGUUUUGUCUAUGAUUAUGAAAAAAAAUUUUUUUUUUUAUAAAUUUAUCAUUGAAAGAAAAGUCUAUAGUCUUUACUAAGGGUACCUUUCAGAGAAUGUUAAUGGCAAUGAGUUUUUUUUAUUAAUUUGUCUGUGAUUGUUAUUAAUGUAUCGACAUUUUGUUUUUUCUUUUUAUAUUUAUUGAAUUAUUACGUAAUUAAAUUGCUUUACCUGA